AUGGACCAACAGAUUACUCAGUGGUUGCAUGAAGACGAAUCAGAAGAUGAAGAGGCAUGUGAAGUCGCUGUUCCUGACCUUGAAAAUGAUGUUGAAGAAGAUGGAACUAUUGAAGAUUUUCGAGCAGAAAUUCUGGAUGAUAAUACAGAAGAUUCUUCAUCAGAUGAUGAAAUUCCUCUGUGGACAGGUGAAAAACCAACAAGGUCUAAAAUUCCACGAAGAAAUAUUUUGUUCCAUCCUCCUGGACCUAAAGCUGCAGCUCGUGAAAUAACAACAGAGCAAGAAGCAUGGAGUAUUAUUUUUACUGAUGAAAUACUUGAAGAAAUUGUUAGGAAUACAAAUGCUGAAAUUGGUAGACAGAGAGAAAAAUACAAACGAGACAGACCUAUGCAGAAUAUGGAGGAUGAAAACGCGGAUGCAUCGAGUUUCACAAAAAUACGUCCUUCUUUUGCUCAGGAUGUAAGUGUGUUGGAAAUCAAGGCUUUAUUUGGGCUUUACUACUUAGCGGGGGUUCUCAACGUGAAUUAUGUCACCACCAAGGAAUUAUUUGACAAGAACUCAGGUGUUGGCUAUUUUCGUGCCACCAUGAGCCAAGCUAGAUUUGAGUUUCUGACAAACUGUCUGCGUUUUGACGACCGGUCUACUAGAGAAAAACGACAGCAAAAUGACAGAUUAGCACCAAUUAGGAACAUUUUUGAUCACAUUGUCAAAGUUUCAAAUGAAGUAUAUAGCCCUUCAGAUUGCUGUACAUUAUACGAAAUGUUGUUGGGCUUUAGAGGUAGAUGUAUCUUCAAAAUGUACAUACCGAGUAAACCAGACAAAUAUGGUAUAAAAAUUUUAAUGACUUGUGACUCUAAAGCUGCUUAUAUGAUAGAUGCUUUUGUAUAUUUGGGCAAAGGCUCGUGCCCUACUAGUGUACCAGCUGCUCACUUCUUUACUAUGAAACUGACUGAGAAAAUUCAUGUCACAAACCGCAACCUCACUUGUGAUAAUUGGUUCACAUCAAUACCAGUGGCAAAAGAAUUGUUGCAAAAGCAGGUGACUCUUGUAGGUACGCUACGUAGAAACAAAAGAGACAUUCCACCUUAUUUUGUUGAGAUAAAAGAUCGCGAUCGCAACACAGCAAAGUUUGCCUUUUCAGAAGAACUUACGCUUUUGUCUUACUGUCCACCAAAUUCCAAAAAGAAAAAAAAAGUCACCAUGUCGUUAACUAUGCAUCCAACAGCAGAUCCUGAUGCAACAAUUCAAUUAUCAGAGAUGAUAGAGUAUUAUAAUAAGACUAAAGGCGGAGUUGACUUGAUGGAUCAGCUAUGCCACAAGUACAGCGUGUUUAGGAGAUCAAAAAGGUGGCCUAUGGAAGUUUUUUAUGGCCUUCUGAAUAUAGUAGGUGUUAAUUCAUAUGUCUUGCUAAAAAUGGCCACGAAAAGAGCUACAAAAAGACGUCAUUUCUUGAAAAAACUUGCCUUAGAUCUGAUCACCCCUCAAAUGGAAGAACGCUUUACAUGGCCCUCUUUGCCCAUGAAUCUUCAAGUUCUCUUUGGUGGAAUCUUGCAAAAGAAGCGGCCAUUGCAAGAACCAAGUUCUGCUCCCACUGCUAAGAAAAGAUGUGCCAUGUGCCCAAGGGGUAAAGACCGGAAAACCAAGGUCACCUGUGGCAUGUGCCGAAAACCUCUUUGCGGUGAACAUACUGAGGCUAUGUGCCAAGAAUGUGUUACCAAAAACAAUUAA